AUGGCGAUGAUGAUGACUGGCCGUGUGCUGCUGGUGUGUGCCCUCUGCGUGCUGUGGUGCGGUACUCCUGGCGGUAGGUGUGAAGAAGGUGGGACAGGUGGAACUCCGCCUGUUGCUUCUUCGAGUGAUGUUGAUGAAAGUUCACAGGAAUCAUCGCCAAUUGCACAGGGAGGAUCACACAAACCAGGUUUAAAGGCAUCAGAUGUUAAAGACGGAACUGAGGAUUCAGGUGACGAACAACCUUCUACAGAAGAAGAAGAAGAAGAAGAAGAAGAAGAAGAAGAAGAAGGUUCUGAUGAAGAGGAUCAGGAUGAAAGACUAAAAACACCAGGAGAAGGAGGAGGAGGAGGACAAUCACAAGCCGCUGAUGAAAAACUGGAAAAUGUAAAUGAAAGUGGACCGAAACCUGAAAGCCAACGCCAAGUCGAAAGUGGAACACAAAACCAGUCAGAAAAAGAAACAGUUGGUGAUGGUGAAGCGGCAGUAACCAAACAAAAUGAAGGAAGUGGACCACAGCCGCAAGAUCACCCACAUCCAGUCCAAGAAGAGGAUACAAAAAGUGGAGAAGGACAUCAACCGUCGCAGGGAAAAGAACAACAAACAAAUGUUGAAGCAACAAUACCAAUUAAUCUUGCAGGAGAUCAUUCUUCGGGAGAACACAACGGCAAUGAUGGUUCUAAUGAAAAAGAAAAAGAAGGGGAAGAAGAAAAGGAUGAUGAAAGACAUCGGGCUCAGGAGAGAGAAGAGGCUGCACAUGUCUCAGGUGCCCCGAAAGUAAAUUCAACUGAUAUUCAGCAGGAAGUCCAACACAAAAAUGCAGGAGAAACUCCGACAGGAAUCAAACAAAGAGCUGGGGAAGAAAAGGAUGAUGAAACAGAAGAGGAACGAGAGAAACAAAUGGAACAACAUCAAGAGAAUCCUCCAGGCAAAGAAAAAGAAACCAUAACUGGCGCAAACACCAUUAAUCAAAUAAACACGACACCUGGCGACAGUGACGGCAGCACCGCGGUCUCCCACACCACCUCCCCUCUUUUGCUUUUUGUUGUUGCGUGUGCGGCUGCUGCUGCGGUGGUGACCGCGUGA